GGUCAGUUGCUCUGUCGCUUCGAAAUGGCCAGCACCGAGAGUCUGGAUGGCAGUGCCUUCGAGGGCGACAUCUCGGCGGUGCCGCAGGUGGGUCACCUGACCACCGAACCCCAGGAGCUGGAGUGCCCAGCGUGCCAGGAGCUGCAGAUGACCCGGGUGAAGCCCGAGGCGGUGACCGUACUGCAGAAGAUUGCCUGCUCGCUAAACGUGCUCCUCUGUUGCAAUCCCAUUCGCUGGAAGGGUCGUCAUGAUGUCAAUCACUACUGCAGUUCCUGCGGCUGCUUCAUUGGACGCGACAUCACCCUAAGUUGGUACAAGAGGACCCUCUUCCGCCUCCAAAGGGGCGAGGUGGAGGACCAUGGUCGCUGGCAGAGAUUCCACAAGGUGGAGAAGGAGGAGCUUGACGAGAAGAAACUGGGCAGGCAGCGCAAGGCUCUUGAACCAAACCGUUCACAUGAUAACUAUUAAAUAAGUUAAAAAAAAAUAUAAAAAAAACAUUUCGGAAGUUUAUUUAAAAAUAUCUAAAAGUUCCUAAAGUGCCCAAUAUCUUCUAGUUUUAGUCAAUAUAAUUUCAAACUUGUACUUUUGCUAUCGA